UGCACCUGAGCAGUGCUUUUUUUAAGCAGUCAGCAAUCGCCGUCCACGAGGGCCAGAGUAGCGACAGAAACAAGGGCACUAUGAACGCCUUGGUUGCAGAGUCGAAUGUUUGGAAUAAUUCAUGUCUUUGCAGAUGGAUGUUUUGCAGAAACUAACUCCGGAUUUUCGAACCACAGUCUACUUAAUUCGGCACAGCUUAUUUCAUUGAGCAAACAAGAACAGCUUUGAUGUUAUGUGAAACUUUUGCCCUUUGCUAAAUCUAUAAUCCGAGAAGUCGACAACAGGCAUGCCAAUAUGUGCAAGAGCAAGCACAGUUUUACUCUGUGGUCCAUCUUUUUCAUACUUAUGAUGGGGACAUUUGCUUAUCAGACGAAUAAAUCUACGCCUGAUCGUGCAAGACACAUGGUUAACGUUCUCGAAGAAGGUGGCCAAUCGAGGCGAACGACAUCGUUUGGUUUUCCUUUCCCUGAAGAUGCUGAAGUCCAUAACAGAGAAAUGAUGCACAACCAUAAAAAACCGGUUGAGUUUCGGGCCAGGAAAAUCAAUCCGGUUGCAGCGUUCGAAGGCUUUCUGGAGGACACAAUCAACCGUUGUUUGGGUGAACUUGGCUAUUGGUUGAGUGAUCUCGGUCUUUUCCCCUUGGAGCGACGGAGGAUGAAAGUGCCAGAUUGCACCCUGGAUAAUCCUCCGAAAGUGUCAGAAGCCCAUGGCACAGAAGACAACAACAACCGAUUUAAUGAAAUAAAUUCUCAGAGUCCGAUCCGCCAGAUGGGAAAAACAAGUCCUGCCAUUCGCGGGCAAGUUGAUCAGAAUGAAUCUGAUAUUGUUGACAACAGGUCUUCUGGAAAGGAGGUUAAGCGACUCCAGAAAAUGGUUAAAGAUGGACAACGAACAGGAUUAGAUGAAAACGCAGACUCAUGCAGAGUGAACGAAACGGAAUUUUGGCCCGAUCAGAGGAAGGGGAAAACAAGACGUGCCCUUCAAGGGCAGGUUGAUCAGAGUGAAUCUGAUAUUAUUGACAAAAGGUCUUCUGGAAAGGAGGUUAAGCGACCCCACAAAAUGGUUAAAGAUGGACAACGAACAGGAUUAGAUAAAAACGCAGACUCAUGCAGAGUGAACGAAACGGAAUUUUAUAGAGCAGCAAUGGAACAAAGGAUAUCGUAUGCUUUCCUUGCGAUUGCAUUCUUAGCAGGAUUGACUUUUGUAUGUUUUGUGUUACGCCAUUGGACUAAACAGCCAACUCAAAAAGAGGAAGUAUUUGAUACUCCGUGCAAUGCUAAAAAUACAGAAGAUAUUGUAAGGCAUCAGUUCUAUGAACAUGCAAGUAGAAACUGGAACCUAAGCACUCCAGAUUAUCAAGGAAACGCUGAGUCAUCUGAAGUAAUAGGCCGGGAGACACAAAAAGAAAAUGAACAACCGCAGAAAGACCGGAGCCAAUCUGAUAAUUAUUCUAAAGAAAAACUGGAUUCUGGUGAAGACCAGGCCGAAUCUCCUACAUGGACUGUGCAACAGCCUGCCUCCGAAACCGAAAGAACGAUCGCCAGUAAAACUAAUGACGUUCAUCCAUCGCCAAUAUCAGAAGCGGGGAUGCGGUAUCCCGACGGGAACAAAGGUGGAAAGGAGUUCAAAGGACACGAUGGCUCGCCACAAGAAAUAAACCGGGGAGCAUCAAAUGAAAAUGAACAACACCAGAAAGACCGCCCUCAAUCUCAUAAUGGUUCCAAGCAAAAUCUUGAUGCUGAUCGAUAUCAGGCCAAAUCUCAGCCAUGGACUUUGAAACAACCAGUUCACGAAAGCAAAGAAACCAUCGACAAGAAUGUCGAUGAAGAUCAAACAUCGUCAACACAAGGAGCGGAGAUGCAAAGCCCAAAAGAGAAUAUUGAUGGGAAUGGGUUUAAAGGACACGCUGGCAUGCCUCAAGAAAUAACGCCGGAAGCAUCAAAUGAAAAUGAACAACACCAGAAAGUCCGCCCUCAAUCUCAUAAUGGUUCCAAGCAAAAUCUUGAUGCUGAUCGAUAUCCGGCCAAAUCUCAGCCAUGGACUUUGAAACAACCAGUUCACGAAAGCAAAGAAACCAUCGACAGGAAAGACGAUGAAGAUCAAACAUCGUCAACACAAGGAGCGGAGAUGCAAAGCCCAAAAGAGAAUAUUGAUGGGAAUGGGUUUAAAGGACACGCUGGCAUGCCUCAAGAAAUAACGCCGGAAGCAUCAAAUGAAAAUGAACAACACCAGAAAGACCGCCCUCAAUCUCAUAAUGGUUCCAAGCAAAAUCUUGAUGCUGAUCGAUAUCCGGCCAAAUCUCAGCCAUGGACUUUGAAACAACCAGUUCACGAAAGCAAAGAAACCAUCGACAGGAAAGACGAUGAAGAUCAAACAUCGUCAACACAAGGAGCGGAGAUGCAAAGCCUAAAAGAGAAUAUUGAUGGGAAUGGGUUUAAAGGACACGCUGGCAUGCCUCAAGAAAUAACGCCGGAAGCAUCAAAUGAAAAUGAACAACACCAGAAAGACCGCCCUCAAUCUCAUAAUGGUUCCAAGCAAAAUCUUGAUGCUGAUCGAUAUCCGGCCAAAUCUCAGCCAUGGACUUUGAAACAACCAGUUCACGAAAGCAAAGAAACCAUCGACAGGAAAGACGAUGAAGAUCAAACAUCGUCAACACAAGGAGCGGAGAUGCAAAGCCUAAAAGAGAAUAUUGAUGGGAAUGGGUUUAAAGGACACGCUGGCAUGCCUCAAGAAAUAACGCCGGAAGCAUCAAAUGAAAAUGAACAACACCAGAAAGACCGCCCUCAAUCUCAUAAUGGUUCCAAGCAAAAUCUUGAUGCUGAUCGAUAUCCGGCCAAAUCUCAGCCAUGGACUUUGAAACAACCAGUUCACGAAAGCAAAGAAACCAUCGACAGGAAAGACGAUGAAGAUCAAACAUCGUCAACACAAGGAGCGGAGAUGCAAAGCCCAAAAGAGAAUAUUGAUGGGAAUGGGUUUAAAGGACACGCUGGCAUGCCUCAAGAAAUAACGCCGGAAGCAUCAAAUGAAAAUGAACAACACCAGAAAGACCGCCCUCAAUCUCAUAAUGGUUCCAAGCAAAAUCUUGAUGCUGAUCGAUAUCCGGCCAAAUCUCAGCCAUGGACUUUGAAACAACCAGUUCACGAAAGCAAAGAAACCAUCGACAGGAAAGACGAUGAAGAUCAAACAUCGUCAACACAAGGAGCGGAGAUGCAAAGCCUAAAAGAGAAUAUUGAUGGGAAUGGGUUUAAAGGACACGCUGGCAUGCCUCAAGAAAUAACGCCGGAAGCAUCAAAUGAAAAUGAACAACACCAGAAAGACCGCCCUCAAUCUCAUAAUGGUUCCAAGCAAAAUCUUGAUGCUGAUCGAUAUCCGGCCAAAUCUCAGCCAUGGACUUUGAAACAACCAGUUCACGAAAGCAAAGAAACCAUCGACAGGAAAGACGAUGAAGAUCAAACAUCGUCAACACAAGGAGCGGAGAUGCAAAGCCCAAAAGAGAAUAUUGAUGGGAAUGGGUUUAAAGGACACGCUGGCAUGCCUCAAGAAAUAACGCCGGAAGCAUCAAAUGAAAAUGAACAACACCAGAAAGACCGCCCUCAAUCUCAUAAUGGUUCCAAGCAAAAUCUUGAUGCUGAUCGAUAUCCGGCCAAAUCUCAGCCAUGGACUUUGAAACAACCAGUUCACGAAAGCAAAGAAACCAUCGACAGGAAAGACGAUGAAGAUCAAACAUCGUCAACACAAGGAGCGGAGAUGCAAAGCCUAAAAGAGAAUAUUGAUGGGAAUGGGUUUAAAGGACACGCUGGCAUGCCUCAAGAAAUAACGCCGGAAGCAUCAAAUGAAAAUGAACAACACCAGAAAGACCGCCCUCAAUCUCAUAAUGGUUCCAAGCAAAAUCUUGAUGCUGAUCGAUAUCCGGCCAAAUCUCAGCCAUGGACUUUGAAACAACCAGUUCACGAAAGCAAAGAAACCAUCGACAGGAAAGACGAUGAAGAUCAAACAUCGUCAACACAAGGAGCGGAGAUGCAAAGCCCAAAAGAGAAUAUUGAUGGGAAUGGGUUUAAAGGACACGCUGGCAUGCCUCAAGAAAUAACGCCGGAAGCAUCAAAUGAAAAUGAACAACACCAGAAAGACCGCCCUCAAUCUCAUAAUGGUUCCAAGCAAAAUCUUGAUGCUGAUCGAUAUCCGGCCAAAUCUCAGCCAUGGACUUUGAAACAACCAGUUCACGAAAGCAAAGAAACCAUCGACAGGAAAGACGAUGAAGAUCAAACAUCGUCAACACAAGGAGCGGAGAUGCAAAGCCUAAAAGAGAAUAUUGAUGGGAAUGGGUUUAAAGGACACGCUGGCAUGCCUCAAGAAAUAACGCCGGAAGCAUCAAAUGAAAAUGAACAACACCAGAAAGACCGCCCUCAAUCUCAUAAUGGUUCCAAGCAAAAUCUUGAUGCUGAUCGAUAUCCGGCCAAAUCUCAGCCAUGGACUUUGAAACAACCAGUUCACGAAAGCAAAGAAACCAUCGACAGGAAAGACGAUGAAGAUCAAACAUCGUCAACACAAGGAGCGGAGAUGCAAAGCCUAAAAGAGAAUAUUGAUGGGAAUGGGUUUAAAGGACACGCUGGCAUGCCUCAAGAAAUAACGCCGGAAGCAUCAAAUGAAAAUGAACAACACCAGAAAGACCGCCCUCAAUCUCAUAAUGGUUCCAAGCAAAAUCGUGAUGCUGAUCGAUAUCCGGCCAAAUCUCAGCCAUGGACUUUGAAACAACCAGUUCACGAAAGCAAAGAAACCAUCGACAGGAAAGACGAUGAAGAUCAAACAUCGUCAACACAAGGAGCGGAGAUGCAAAGCCCAAAAGAGAAUAUUGAUGGGAAUGGGUUUAAAGGACACGCUGGCAUGCCUCAAGAAAUAACGCCGGAAGCAUCAAAUGAAAAUGAACAACACCAGAAAGACCGCCCUCAAUCUCAUAAUGGUUCCAAGCAAAAUCUUGAUGCUGAUCGAUAUCCGGCCAAAUCUCAGCCAUGGACUUUGAAACAACCAGUUCACGAAAGCAAAGAAACCAUCGACAGGAAAGACGAUGAAGAUCAAACAUCGUCAACACAAGGAGCGGAGAUGCAAAGCCUAAAAGAGAAUAUUGAUGGGAAUGGGUUUAAAGGACACGCUGGCAUGCCUCAAGAAAUAACGCCGGAAGCAUCAAAUGAAAAUGAACAACACCAGAAAGACCGCCCUCAAUCUCAUAAUGGUUCCAAGCAAAAUCGUGAUGCUGAUCGAUAUCCGGCCAAAUCUCAGCCAUGGACUUUGAAACAACCAGUUCACGAAAGCAAAGAAACCAUCGACAGGAAAGACGAUGAAGAUCAAACAUCGUCAACACAAGGAGCGGAGAUGCAAAGCCCAAAAGAGAAUAUUGAUGGGAAUGGGUUUAAAGGACACGCUGGCAUGCCUCAAGAAAUAACGCCGGAAGCAUCAAAUGAAAAUGAACAACACCAGAAAGACCGCCCUCAAUCUCAUAAUGGUUCCAAGCAAAAUCUUGAUGCUGAUCGAUAUCCGGCCAAAUCUCAGCCAUGGACUUUGAAACAACCAGUUCACGAAAGCAAAGAAACCAUCGACAGGAAAGACGAUGAAGAUCAAACAUCGUCAACACAAGGAGCGGAGAUGCAAAGCCUAAAAGAGAAUAUUGAUGGGAAUGGGUUUAAAGGACACGCUGGCAUGCCUCAAGAAAUAACGCCGGAAGCAUCAAAUGAAAAUGAACAACACCAGAAAGACCGCCCUCAAUCUCAUAAUGGUUCCAAGCAAAAUCUUGAUGCUGAUCGAUAUCCGGCCAAAUCUCAGCCAUGGACUUUGAAACAACCAGUUCACGAAAGCAAAGAAACCAUCGACAGGAAAGACGAUGAAGAUCAAACAUCGUCAACACAAGGAGCGGAGAUGCAAAGCCCAAAAGAGAAUAUUGAUGGGAAUGGGUUUAAAGGACACGCUGGCAUGCCUCAAGAAAUAACGCCGGAAACAUCAAAUGAAAAUGAACAACACCAGAAAGACCGCCCUCAAUCUCAUAAUGGUUCCAAGCAAAAUCUUGAUGCAGAUCGAUAUCAGGCCAAAUCUCAGCCAUGGACUUUGAAACAACCAGUUCACGAAAGCAAAGAAACCAUCGACAAGGAUGUCGAUGAAGAUCAAACAUCGUCAACACAAGGAGCGGAGAUGCAAAGCCCAAAAGAGAAUAUUGAUGGGAAUGAUGUGAAACGACAACACAGAAACAAUCUCGGAACCGAGAGUAUGGAACAAAACUUGCCCAAGGCGCGUUUAAUUUCUGACAUCUACGUUGAGCCAAAGAUUACAAUGAAACAACAUGAACAUGAAAAUUUAACAGGAGAAACAAAUACGCAUAUUUGUGAAGUGGAGUACAAUGAAUCAUUCACACUAAGCAACAUUGAAUCUGAUGAAACCACCAUCAGCGUUGUCUAUGGAGCUGCAGGGAUGGGGAAAACAACCCUAAUACAAAAGAUAAUCAAUGAUUGGGCCAGGGAAGUGAAAUUUCGGGAAUUCGAUUUUGUCCUUCCUUUCAAAAUUCAGAACUUAAAUGCAAUAAAAUCUCCAAUAGCGUUAAGUACGUUGAUCAUUGACUCAUAUCCUUACUUCAAAGAUUAUCUGGAUCAUCUAUGGAGUGAACCCAAAAAGUUAUUGUUUAUAUUUGAUGAGCUGGACCAAUUGUAUCGAACAUUCACUCUCCCUGAUACUCAUAGGAACGUGGAUCCACGAUUCAGAGGUACGGACACAGAGUCUAAAUAUCUUGUAUGCGAUAUCGUACGCUGUCUCCUACAGGGUGAAUUUCUGAGAGGUUGCUCAGUGCUGAUCACAACUCGAGAUUGGAAACUGGACGUUCUCCAUCACGCAACAACAGAUUCAACUUUCGAACUUAUGGGAUUCACUUCUGAGAAAGCAAAACAGUAUUUUCGCCGUUAUCUCCGCAAUGGACAGAGAGCAAAUACAAUUUUGGAAUUCAUUGAGCAGAGCAACAUAUUGUGUAACAUGUGUAGUGACCCUCUGUUUUGUGUCACCCUCGCCUCGUCACUGGAGUCUUUUCAGGCACAAGGAGAAGAACAGACAACAAUCCCCAUCGGAAUCCAUACCCAGGUGCUCUCUGACUACGUCGCACAACUUCUCGCAAAAUGUGGUUACGACGGUAAUACAAACCAGAAGUGUUUAAGUCUAGUUGGCGAACUGGCAGACAAGGGAAUUAAACAAAACACACUUUUGAUUGAAGGCAACGCAUUAACAGCUUUGGAUUCCUGUCCCCCCAUGUUUAUCUCUGCAUUUCUGUACCAGGAUCCAGACAAACAGAGUGAUGGUGUUAUUUACGAAUUCAGGCACUCUGUUUUACGAGACUUCCUUGCUGCACUUACCAAUGUCCUAAAUGCUCCAGUAUCUCGACUGAAACAGAUACUACAUGAACGACCUACAGACAUUACGGGGAGAUUCAGUAUAUUUUCAAUUUUUCUUGUCGGCCUGUCUUCUCGGAAGUCAACAGAUCGCCUAGAGAGGGAACUGCAGACAUUCCGCACUGAAGUUACUUCAUGCAUCUCCGAAUGGCUCUCACAAAGUGUCAGCAGACGCUUGAAGGACAUGGAUACGAAGCAUACUCAAAGAAUGUUUCUUUGCAUAUUGUACUGCUUACUUGAAUUUAGAGAUAAUGAAAUAAUGAAGGAAGUGCUGAAUCUCAUUACAAGCAUUAAAUUAAAUCACCUUCGUCUCAAAUCUCCCGACUGUAUUGUUUUAUCCAGAACAUUAAUGUCCCUUCAAAUGAUUCAAGAACUGGACCUCAGUUCGUGCUUUGCACAACCAGUGGCAAUUUGGAAACUGGAAGAAGUGCUGCCCAGAUGUGUAAUUCUCAGAUUGAACCAGAAUAACCUACAAGAUUCUGGAGUGAAGCGCCUCUUCGAUGUUCUCAAAAACAGUAACGUAAAAACACUGGCGCUGAAAUCUAACCAUCUUACAGACAAUUGUCUGGAGAGUGUCUUCUCUGCUCUGACUAAAAACACUUCCCUGAUGCAGCUGAACCUGAGCAAUUCCAGUCAGGAUGGAAAACAGACCAAUCAAUUUACUGAUGAAAAACUGAAAUAUCAUUAUGAGAGAUCCGCUCAGCAGAAGGAAAUCAAAUGGCUACGCAUUAAAGAUAUUGGACAAGACUUCACACGGUCCAGCAAAGAAUCAAACUGUUUAACCCUGAUAACAGACUGAACGUCUAUAAAAUUUUACAUUUCAUAUGAAACUGUAUUUGAUGAUAUGGACCGUUUACUUCAUCGCAGCCUGGCGAUAUGGAACAGAAUCUGAUGUGGACCGUUUAGUUCGAUUCAGCAUGGUGAUAACGCGAGGACCUUUGACACUGUAGAGAACUGAAAACUUAAAGGAAGUUCUCAAAUAUUUAGAGCAAACACGAGGAAAGCUGCAGAUGCUGGAAAUUCAAACAACACAAACAAAAUGCUAUUGGAACACAAAGGCCAAGCAGUUUCUAUAAGGAGAAGCGCUGUUGACGUUUCGGGCCGAGAUCCUUCGUCAGGACUGACGAAGCGUUCUGUAUUUGUUUUUCUCAACUAGUUUGGAGUUUUGCUUUUUGAAUUAAUAACAUAGUGGCGUUGGUAGAAUGGUGGAGUUCGCACAUCAGUUUAGCAACUAUUAAUUGUGAGGCUUGAAUAAAUAGUGAAACGUAUCCAAAGGUAGCCGAGCUCUGCAAAGUUUCAAUCAUUUUUCGCCUUACGUUACCCAUUUUAUAGCAAUAUUUAUUUUCUAAUCUGGUAUCAGGGUCUCAGACCGAGGUAUUGCCCAGUGUAUGGAUAAUUUAAACGCUGGCCCCGGCAAUCCGAGCUUCGGGAUCUGAGGCGAGGAUUGCGUAAGCCUGUGUCCGGCGACUGUCUUUUCUGCGAAUUUUGCAGCGUUUUUGCCCUAUAAAUAGGAUCAACUGAAAUAUUUAUCAUCGGUCGACGGCUGCUACAUUGAGGCGAUCUUACAUGGUUCGGAAUGUGGUCCUUUGCAUCAUGUGAGCAGCUUUUUCCAUUAUUUUAUGAGUGUUUAUUUCUUAAUAUGCUUCUUCGGUUUCUUACUUUGUGACUGUCAGUAAACAAAUCAUAAGGUGAAUAAUUUAUACAUUAUUCCAUAUUAGAUGUAUUUGAAUUUUAUGUCUCGAAUCUUGAUGUCAACCCUUGUAUCAAAGCAAUGUGCAGGAAAUAAAUAACAAUCCGGAGAAAACCUGCACGUGCUGUGAAUCCAAUCAACUUACAGAAAAUACUGGAGGAACUCAACAGGCCAGGCAGGAUCAAUGGAAAAGUGGAAGCGGUCAACAUUUGGUACCGAGACUCUUUAGCAGGACUGCAGAACAAAAAAGAUAAGGAGUUAUGGUUAAAAGGUUCAGGGAGGGGAGUAAGGAACACAGUUUGAAAGGUGAACCUGGUUGGGUAGAUGGUUACAGUAAAGAUCAGGAGAGCUGAUUGGCGAAUGAGAUUGACAUACCGGGCUGCAUAAGGGGAAAUCUAAUAGGAAAGGACAGACGGCCAUGGAAGAAGCAAAAAGGGGAGGAGCACCAACACAACAGGGAGGCAAUGGGCAGGCAAGAACAGAAAGUGAGAUAGUGAGAAGGACGGGAACUGGAAAAGGGGGUGGUGUGUUCUCAUUGCUGGGUUCCGGAAAUUGAUGCACAUGACGUCAGUUUUGAGGCUACCCAGACAGAAUAUAAGAUUUUACUUCUAUAUCCAUCGAUCCAUCCAUUCCUCCCCGCUUAGCUCCCUCCUAGCACUUAUUUUAGCAGACAGAUAUUGCUUUAAUAUUUUUUGGUACAUUGCCAGAAGAUCGUCUGAAUAGAAUUGUACAAGCAUUGGAUAGAAUCACCGAUAUCGAGUUGCACAGCGGUACGUUAAACCACCAUUAGCGAGUGGCAUCGGCAAUUAACGAUGUCGCGGACAGCAUUACUGAUCGCCCUUAAAUGAGUGGCACAGGACGGAAUUAUAUCUGGAGGUAUAGAUAACGUCUUUAGGCGUGCUAUAUUAAGGCAGAUAUACGAGAGAUUGAAGACUGCUUAAAUUUUGCCAAUGAACAAUGUAGCCGUUAUUAUUAAUUGUUAGAAUUACUUUUAAAAAUAAAUUGUU